GUCCAGAAAGACUCUCGGUGACCUGGCGCUGGACCAGAGGCUGUUUUCUACAGACAGUCGACUGUAUUACUGACCGAUAAGUGACCAGAGAGCAGCUGCACCAGAGGUCAGGCUGUGAUGACUCCGCGGGAGCAGCUGAGGAAGAUGACGGCUCUGGGGGAGCAGAGCGCUCUGGAUGAGAAACACUGGUACCGGCUGGUUAACGGCAUGUCGGCUGGAGAGCUGAGGCAGAGGCAGGAGCUGAUGAUGAGGAACCAGAUGGCGAUGACCCCUCAGAUCCUGGCUCAGGGGCAGCAGAGACUGCAGGCCGUUCCUGCUCAGUUUGAGCCGCGCUUCAUGGACAGAGAGCUGGUCCCUCCUGCUGAGAUGGUUUCAUCUGAAGCUCGGCAGAUGCAUAUGGGAGCCCAUCUGGGGCCACAGCUGCCCUCACACUCCAACGUCAUACCGGGCAGAGGAUUUCCUGGAGCAGGAGGUUACGGAUUUCUUCCCACUGAAUCCAUGGAAACUGUUGCUAGACGACAAGAGCUUAUUCACAAACAGAACAUCGCCAGGAUGGAGAUGAACGCGAUCCUCCACCAGAAGGAGCUGGAGAACGCCCACCAGAAAGGCCUGAUCGGAAUGGAGAACCCCAUGAUGUACCAGGGCCUGCCACCCAACCCCAUGGCCUUUAGGGGGCGCCAGCGGCUCCCGGAUGGCCACGACGUGUUUGUGCACCGCCCCACGCUGGAUGACCUGCAGGCCAACAGCCUGCUAAUGUCCAGCAGCCCUUAUCCACCAAUCAGCACGCUGCAGAGGGAGAGGGGGCGGAGAGCCGGCCGGAGAACCGCCAAUCACAAGGGGGCAGAGGUCAACCCGGCCUGUCCCAAAAACCAGUCAGAGGAGAAGAGCGUGGAGCAGAGUCCAGGAGGAGCUUCGGGAGAGGAGAAGGAGCCAGAGGUCAAAGGUGAACUGACCGGUGAAGCCACCGCCAGCCAGAGCAAAGCCCACCAGACUAAGAUGGACCCUGAUCUGUCUGCCAGCACGGCCAGGAAGAGCUACAAAGACGGAGAGCAGGGUCUCCGGAAGCCGUGCAUCAGCGGGCCGGAGGUGUGCGCCGAAGGCCCGAACUGUAACUCCAGCAGUGGCGAGAAGGACAUUUCCAACCCCUGCUCAGCUUUCCAGGAGAAGCUCCUGUACCCGUCCGCCGCUGGGCCGCUCUCAGGCUUCCCAUACAUGUUCCCGUUGCCAGGCAAUGGACUCCUGCCUCCUGGACCUCCGAACCUGUUCCUGAACGGAGAGGAGAUGUCGUCGCUGGAAGAUCUCCGCAAGUGGACGGUGGACGACGUCUACAACUUCAUCAACGACAUACCGAGCUGCUCUGAAUACGCUCAGACGUUUAAGGACCACAUGAUCGACGGAGAGACGUUACCGCUGCUGACUGAAGACCACCUGCUGGACACUUUCGGACUCAAACUCGGCCCAGCGCUCAAGAUACGAUCUCAGGUCUCUCGGAGGCUGGGUAAUAUGCUGUGCAUGCUGAACCUGCCGCUGGUGCCCCCCCUGCAGCCCCCGCCCGAGAAGGCUGUGGAUCGAUCCUCAGAUAUCAGCUCUCCGCUCAACUGCCACAGUGUGGAGCUGCUGGGAAGCCCCCGAGACCCUGAGGGUCUCAAACCCACUGAGCCCGGGGCCGACACCGAGGAUCAGUCACCUACAGCCAUGAGCGAGUCCGCCUGA